AUUUAAGUGCCGCACAUUAAAACAUAUCCUAGAGUUGCUCGAUUGUAUGCUUAUUGUGGCUAUGAAGGGGUUUGUGUUUUUAGUUUUGAUGGUGACACUGAAAACCGCUGUCUGGAGCCAACAACAAAAUGAAGCAGAUGAUUUUUGCGUACUGAAGGCUGAUUUAAUCAUGGAAAAUUUGAAAUUAAGGAACGUACACUAUGGACAACAGGAAAAUUUUUCUGAAAUUUCGGAGGAAAAGUUUGAAACGCUUCGUGACCUCAUCGGAGAGAUAAGCAGCACACAGAAGAAAUUUCAAAGCACUCUGGAUAAAUUACAACUCAUGACUGAAAAUUUACAAUUAGAAAUGAGUUCAGUUAUUAACAAAAUUGACACGACAACAAUUAGCAAGUGUCACAAAUCAAAAGACCUCAGCAAUAUUGUGCACUUCAAAACAGGAAGUUUCUACAUCCACUAUACAAUUAGCAGACAUACUUGGAAUGAAGCACAAGAGUUCUGUGGAAAAUUUAAUAUGCGGCUGGUUAUAAUUGACUCUGAACAAAAAUUGGAAGACCUUACUGAAUUGAUCAAAACAAACAGCACAGGAUCUUCAGCGCUUAGGUAUAGACUAUCUUACUGGGUUGGAGCAAACGACAUUGGGCGAGAACCAGGCGAUUUUAAAUGGACGAAUGGCGAUGAAAUCAACAGAAAACUUCCAGCCAGACUUUUUACAUCUCAACAUAAAAAUGAAACUUGCUUGAGAAUGACAUACUGUCACAAAGCUAGAAAAUACGAGUUAACAGAUUUAAGCUGCUCUUCCUACAUAUAUUUCAUCUGCGAGAUCCUACCUGAGUGCAUCCCGAAUUUAUUAAAAUCAUAAAUGAGUCAUUCAGCUCCCACUGUUUUCAUAAUGAUCUUAAUUUUUUCUUUUAUAUUAAUUGCUUUCAAAUUGGACUUUAUUUCAAAUGAAACUUUUUUUAAUUCUCUUCCUAUUUAUAAUAUCAGCUUUUUAGACACUCCAUGCUAAAAAUAG